UUUGCAGCUUAGUCCCCACGAGAGUUUUUGUUCCAGAGGGAGCUUGAGGAAAGACGGGGCCGAAAAAAGAGACCUAAGCCUUGGAAGCAUCCGUGUUGUCGGGGAAUCCUCAGAGAAACCACAAUGGAAGAGAAGAUAGUGGAGGAGCACACCAAGCUGAAGCAGGGCAUGGUGAAGGUGCUGCAGUGCGUAGCCGCCAUCUCGCCAGCGGCAGCUGUGGUCAACCCUAUCUUCGGCGUGGCGGGCUCGCUAAUGCGCGUGGUCCUGCACCACAUCGACGACGAGGACAUCCGCACGCUCAAGCGCGAGUUCGGUUCCGUCAACCGGGCGCUGGACGAGCUCUCGCGCGAGAAUCGCCAGGCCCUGGUAGCUAUUCAGAAGGAGACGCUGGACAGCCAGUACGCCUCGGUGGAGGAGAACCUCAAGAACCAGUUCCGCAAGUUCAUGGACAUCAUUGAAGCCAAGCCGCAGUUCCGUGAGGUCAAGACCAAACUGUUCCUGGAGCAUUUCUCCAGGAGUGGCGGCGAAAAGAAUCUUUUUGUGCUCUACCAUGCACUCAUGGGGGACAGCAGCUUUGGAGAGUCCAUUCUGGACGUGGUGGAAAGGUACGUCUCCAGGAACCGCCGCCUCCUGGAGGACUUUUGCGUGCGCAUGAAGGAGCUCUUCUGCCUCGGCCUCAUCGCUCUGAUGGGAUACACGGCCUUGACCCAAAACCAUCAGGAAGAAGAUGACAAAAUCCAAGACUGGAGCCGCAAGAUGGAUGAGAUCGAGCUCCGCAUGAAGAUCACCAUCCAGUCCUGCGUGGACGCCUUUGCGGAGCAGGCCAAACUGGACACCCAGCACUUCCUCCAGGAGAAGCAGAUCGACAGUCUCCAGGAGACCAGCCAGCAGCUCCUGGACUUCCUGGUCAAGAAAUACGACUGGGUGAGCUGGUCGGUGCGCCUAAUCAACCAUUCGGGGAGCACCUACCGCAACUGGAGGGCUGGUGAGCGCUUCCACCACGUGGUGGGACGCAACUGGUUUGAGGUUCUACAGGUCAACAACAUCAACCUGGUGGUGUCCUUCAGUAGCAGACCCCAGACGGUGCCCAGGGACGCCAUAUUGGAGAUGAUGGAGGGUGCCGCCCGAAAGGGCAACGCCCCCACCGUGGUGGAGGUCCUGGAGAAGCAGAUGAGCGGCUUUGUGGUUCACGCCGUCAGCCGCCACAAGGAGUCAGCGGCGGCGUGGAGUUUCCCAGACGAUUGUCACUACUGGGAGAGGCACAAGAACGUAGCCGUGUGUGUACACGCUGACUGAAAGUCGCAAACAUUCCAAAGUGAGAAUUCAAUCCAACCUCGAAGCCUACUUCCCCAAACUCUAACUAUGACCGCUAUGCCUGACACUUUCAAACCUAACUUAAUCUGAAACAAAUCACCUUAAACCUUAUUGUAAAGCUAAUCGCAAACAUACUGUAUCUGUGUCCCAAUGUAAUUUCGUAUGCCAACAAAGUAUUUCUGGAUUGUUUUGUUCUGAGUGUAAAUAAAGCAAGCG